UACUUCCACCAGCGACCAGAGAGCAUCGCAGUAGCAGUUAACAGAAUAUCCGUGAGUUCAGGAAAACCUGAGAGCAGACAUUCGGACAGAAUACACAUCCUCUGUGGAGCCAUGGGAAGUCAUACACAGGAGAUAGUACAACUGCUGUGGUGCCUUUUACUUGUCAACAUUGACUACAUUCAUUGUGAAAUACAGAAUGUCGUUAUCGUGGGUGCAGAUUGUAAUAAUAAUAAUGACUGCAAUAAAGUACUAACAUGUAUUGACCAAAAAUGUAAGUAUCCGUGUCCUGGUCCCUGCCAGGGCAAUACGACCUGCGAAGUCCACGACCAUGUACCGUACUGUACCUGCAAGCCUGGCUUCUCUGGCAACCCUUUCACUGGCUGUCAAGAGCAAGCGCCAACUCCUCAAAGUUGUUCUUUAUUAACAAACAGAAGACCUUCAGGAAAUAAGGUCUACAGAGUGGAAAACUUCAUAAAGGUUAACUUUUUCGCCGCAUUUCAUCACUGCAUGGCCCAUGGCGGAAGAUUGGCAUCUAUCGAGUCUGAAAAUGAUAAUACUCAGAUCAAAGCAGCAAUCAUGAAAUUAGGCAUACGGAACGGCGAAUUUUGGACGGCCGGAACGAACUUAGCGCAGGGAUACUGGUUCUGGAUGGUUUCUGGGGAACCACUGCCACAGUACAGUGACUGGAAUCCGGGAGAGCCCAACAACAAGGGACAGAAAGAGCACUGCAUAGUGCUUUAUGAGUAUGAAAACAAAGGCUACAGGUGGAGUGACGACGACUGUAUGAUAAAAUUAUUCCCGAUAUGUGAAUAUUUUGAAUAGCGUAUGGAUACUCUGGAUGAACCAUCAUUUGGCUGAGAACAAACCGUCUUCCCGCUUCUCCCUUCUCCAGACCGCUCAGCUGCUGCAUAUCAGCUUUAGACAGCUCAAAGUCAAACGCCUAAGAAAAUAUCAACAAUGUUUAAGAAAAUAAUUCAAACCCAUAUUAAAAUGUUAUAAUAUAAUAAUAUUGCAAUAAUAUAAAUAAGAAUUUAAUGAUGGUAUCGGGAUUUGCAAGAAAAUUUCUAAUUUUAAAUUCAAAUCUGCGUAAUAUUCCUUAUAUAAUCAGUCGAACUAAUAUGUUAUCUACUAUAAAUAAAAGUGAUCAUGUAAAAAUGCGCUAUUGAACUAAUGCAAUGUAUUUAUGAGUUUUAAGUGUACUUUAAUGAAAAACUUAUCACAUUUUAAUAAAGUUUUAUUUUAAUCAAAUAUAUUUUUUCUACUUAA